UUGAUACGGUAAGCAAGCCAGACAUCAUCGUAAUUCGAUGGCAAGUGCCUCCUCCUCUUACCGUCCAGCAUUCCUCUGCGUGGACGUCGUGGUGCGCGAGUUCCCUCAAGUGGAAGGCCUUGACCAUGUAAUCACCCAAAUCAAGGCGCUCCUGGACGUGUCCAAGGUCUUGUCCGUCGCUGUGGCCGCACAGAACCAGCCUCUGGACUCACAGUCCUUAACGCUGUUAGAACACGCCGCAUCGCGCGAGAAGAAGAAGCUGUUCUAUUGGUCGUCAGAACUGAAGCGCAGCUACAAACAGUAUCAGUUCGAGACGGCGUUAAAUAACGCUGCUGCGCGAGGCUUCUUCGUUGGUGUGAGGUGGCUACGCUCCAAGUACUACCCCAAGGGAAAAUUCCGUGGCGCAGAGAGAGCAGCUCUUUAUAGUGGGAAUCUGCAAAUGUUGCGUUAUCUCCACGACGAAUUUAGCAAUAAGAUGGUGGACGACGCGGCCGUCGACAGUCAGGAUGCUAUUGCACAUGCAGCAGCCAAUGGCCGCCUGGACCUCGUGCAAUGGUACUGCGAGAUGAAGGGUCCAUACGCCUUCGGGUGGAACGUCAUGGACGCAGCAGUAGCUCACAAUCACAUGGAUAUCGUCCAAUAUGUAGACAAUGUGUUGGGAAAUCGCUGCACAAGACGUGGACUCGAAAGAGCGGCGUUAAAUGGGCAUUUGAACGUCGUAAAGUGGCUCAAUAAUUCCCGAUACUACGAGAUCAGGACCUUCCAGUCGCUGGAGAACGCUAUUGCUGGAGGACACUUGGAGAUUGUCCAGUACGUGAUGCAUACAGUGGAAGUGGCUUAUACCUCGUGGACGCAAGCAGCAUUGACAGCUGCUGUGACGUACGGACAGCGUCGGAUUCUGCAGUGGCUGCAUGAUCGAGCGUCGGCUGAGGCGGCUUUGUAUAAUCGACGCUUCAGGUUUGAGAUUGACACCAACCAACUGUAUAGAGUAGCGAAGGAGGGCCAUCUAGAUGUGCUACAAUGGCUGCAUGAACACAAAUACCCAGUUCAUUGUCGUCGAGCGCAUGUGGUCCGUGGCGCUGCUGCAGGAGGCCACAAAGUGAUCAUCGAGUGGAUGGAACAGACUUUUGAAUCUCUGACACGUCAACGUCAUCGGAUUCGAGUCGAUGGGGCUGCAGCAUUUGGAGAUCUACAGUUCGUCCAAUGGCUACACUAUCAAGGAUAUCGAUUUACAGCCCAUGCCAUGGACGACGCUGCUGCAGGUGGAUUUUUGCCUAUUGUGCGUUGGCUGCACGGAAAUGUAGAGGGCUCGAAGUGCACUGUAGCAGCGAUGAACCGAGCUGCAGCCAACGGGUAUUUGGAUGUAGUGGAGUUCCUUCACCAGAACCGCAAAGAAGGCUGCACUACUGCAGCUAUGGAUGAUGCUGCGCGUCAUGGCCACUUAGAGGUGGUGAAAUUCCUCUACAAGUACAGGGGUGAGUACUGCACAGCGAUGGCAGGAGAGUCGCGUUCAGUUGCGGUGCUCCAAUUUUUGAAAGAUCACAAACGGCUUCGCUCUCGACUGCCCAACGCAUUGGAUGCAGCAACAAGAGGAGAGCUACAACUACUGCAAUGGCUGUAUGGUCACGACCGAAGACAUUUUGGAUUCGAGGCGGUUGUGGAAACGGCCCGUGAGAAUAGUCACUUUCAUGUGUUGCGAUGGCUGGAGACUCUGCCUGAAGCUGGGCGAUUUUUGUAGAUAAAGUGAGUCACUGAGUACUCAUCACGGUAUCAAAACGACUCGCUAACAACCAUGUGAAUAAAUAUAGGGAAUUGCCUGUAUUGUAUUUGAGGGAUAAUAUGUCGAGUGUUUAGAGCAUG